UCAAUAUUUCCGAAUUUAUGUGCUAAUUCGUCUCUAAAAUGGCUCUAAUGCAGGAAAAUGAGUUUCUAUCACUUGAUGUGGAGGAGCAGGAAGCUGAAAACCAACCUAAAAGACUGAAGACCAGAGAGAAGCGUACCAAACUCAGCCAGCGCGAUAUUUUCAUUAGUUUUGUGGAGCAAAAUCCGGAAGUACUAGACAAUAAUGAUGCAGCAUAUGCAAAAAAAUGGAAAAUUCUGGCAAGUAAACUUAAUACGAUUGAGCCGAAGAAGAGUACCAGUGCGUGGAUAAAGAACCUCAAAGAAUGGGAGUACUCCCUCAAAUCCAAAUACAAUAAAGCGAAAAAAACUCCCGGGUGGCAACAGAAAUGUCCAAUUUUGAGAUGA